AGCAGCCGUAUUCUGACCUGGUAAGUCGCCAGUGUCGGAUCGUAAGAAGGGGAGUGAGGGUAGGCUCUGCAUCGACGUUGGACAUUUAAAUCCGGUCGCAGCCAACACUUUCCUCGAGACAACGAAGGGAAAAACGGUUUCCUUCGCUCGACCCGGGGGACCUACCGCGAAUACACACGCGCCAUUCGUGGACUCGAUAAGUUCGCGAGCCAAGGCGACACACGACGCAACAGGCCGAAUUUACGCUUAUUUAUUCGAAUCCUACGUACGACUCUCUCCUCGACGAGUUUCUUAUUUAUUAGCUAGGCUACGCACGACGUUAUAUUCGUGGUGGUACGUACGACAGCAUCGUGAACGGUAAGCAGCAGCAGCUUUGUCGAAGGUUAAUCGAGUUCGUGGAAAAACGCAGGAGACUCCAGGAAAUUUUGGGGACUCUACGUACACGGCCGUGGGACCACGGGAGAGACGAACGGAGACCGACAGUGUGUUGUGCAUGAAAGGAAACAGAACAUCAUCAUCGUAACCGUCGUGGAAGUUCUUUUUUGUUUUUCUUUUUCUUUUUGUUUCUUUUUUUUUUUUACACACCUUACCGACGCGGCGACCAGCCAGACCACCUCGCGUAUUCUCUCCGGUGUCUCGUGUCGUACAUAAUAUUGUUUUCGCGUAGACGGCCUCUAGGUGAGUGAUACACGGGGAGUCAUUGCCCGAGACCAAGGUCCUGUACGUGUCUAUCGUAUACAUAGACACGCGAGAGCCCUAACCGUGCACGUGUGCGUAUUUAACACGGGGGAAAAUUCGCCGGUGUACGUAUAUACCAGAGUAUAUUUUUGUGUGAAGUGUGUUUUUAAGUGUCCCCGGCCGGCGAGAGAGAGAGAGGAAGAGAGAGAGUAAGAGCGUCUUUCCCCGUGCGGAUCUCUGUGUGAACUCUCUUUCCACCGUAUCUUUACGAUCGAUUCGUGCAUGCUCUGUCUGGUCGCGCCGGCGAAAAACAGUUUGGCAACGUGGCACGUGAAUAAAGUGAGACCGCGGCUACGACGUAGACGUCGACGACGACGGUGCUCGAGGGACGGGACACCGCGCUGACAAUCAACGGAAGAGGCCGAUCUUCUUUGAUACAACGCCGGAAUCUUCGAUCUCUCGCGAGUGUUACGGAUCGAGUCUCUUUCUCUCUCGUGGCUGAAACGAGAGAGGGAAAAGGAGAGAGAGAGAGAUAGAGAGAGAGAGAGGAGCCUAGAGAGGGACGAGGACUGACAGACAGAGAGGCUGUGCCGCAGCCGCCUGUGUGCUCGAGAGGUUAGGAACGCAACGAGAACAUGGAUUUGCUGUGUUGCGAGACCACCGAGACAGAAUGCAGAGCCUACGCUGAUCCCGCUCUACUGUGUGAUGACCGUGUGCUGCAGAACCUGCUGAAAACCGAGGAGAGAUACGCUCCAAGCAGUUCUUACUUCGAGUGUGUGCAGAGGGACAUCUCGCCGGUCAUGCGCAAAAUCGUCGCCGAGUGGAUGUUAGAGGUAUGCGAGGAGCAGAAGUGCCAGGAGGAGGUCUUUCCCCUCUCGAUGAACUACGUCGACAGGUUCCUCUCGAUCUGCCCGAUCAGGAAGUCGCAGCUGCAGUUGCUGGGAACCGCCUGCCUGCUUCUCGCCUCGAAGCUGCGAGAAUCAGCGCCUCUCUCCGCUGAACUCCUCGUCUACCACACGGACAACUCCAUCACCCUGGAUGACUUAUGGAGGUGGGAACAGCUGGUCGUCUCGAAGCUGAAAUGGGAAUUAUCCGCAGUGACGCCCGGUGACUUCCUGAUGCAUAUCCUGAACAGACUGCCCAUGCCGCGUACCUGGGACCCGAUGAUGGUCAAGAGGCACGCGCAAACUUUCAUCGCCCUCAGCGCAAGAGAAUACAAAUUCUCGAUGUACACACCGAGCAUGAUCGCGGCUGCGAGCGUUGCGGCUGCUCUUCAUGGUCUCGAUUGGACUGGGAAGAGCGGUUUCGGACUGGCCGCCCUCCUGGUGGAGCUUACUCGCAUCACAGCUAUCGAACAGGACUAUCUCCAAGGCUGUUUGGAGCAAAUCGAGGAGAUGGUGUCGCAGGCGCACGUGGAGGCGGAAAACAGCAACACUCAUCAGGUGGUGACCGCGAGUACGGUGACGGUGCAGCAGAGGCCGCCGCCUGUGGGGGACGAGAUGAUCAGCCAGGACAAGAUCCUGGAACACGAGAAGGCGGGCACGCCGACCGACGUGAGGGACGUCCAUUUUUGAGAGACGCCGCUGAGGGAAACUCUGGCCAGGGUGACUCUCUGCUGAGCCUAGAGGCCGAGGCCGAACGUUUAGCCAGCAGCGACGACGAGGCUGAUCUUGGACCCACGGCCACCAAGAGAAGGAAGCUAAACGAUGAUGAUGAGGAGAAGGAGGAGGAAGACGAACAGCAUGUUGAUCUCGAGCGAAACGAAACGCGCGCAGACUCCUGAAGCACGAGUGGAAAAGAGAGAGAGAAAGAGAGAGCUCGAUCCAAAAUCAAUCGCACACACGCAUCCACCGUUUUUUGUUUCCUGAAGUGGGAAGAAGAAGAAGAUGAAGAUGAAGAAGAAGAUGAAGAGGAAACCGUCAAUAUUUUUUAGUUCCGUGAUCGAAGAUCCACCGUGAGGGGUUCGUGGAUCGAGAACAGUUCGCCAGAAACCACGUUCCCGCGUGUUACGUUUAUCUUUUUUUGUUUAUUAUUAUUAUUUCUUUUGUUUUUCAAAUCCGAAGGUCUGCAGACGAUCGUAGGCGCGAGGUUUUAGUCGAGAGAAUGAUAGAGAGCUGUGUUCGGUAGAUUAGUUUUACUCGAGAGUGCGACGGGAGGUGGUGCGUGUUCGCAACGUCCCGUAUCGAUCAUGGUCCCGUCGGAUCGAUAUCUUUUCGUCGCAGAAAAAUCGACACCAAGCGGUCCGAGCGGAUCUCGUUGUUAUUUAGAUGUACACUCGAGAGAGCUCGUGGAUAGACGAGAAUCACCACCGCUUGUCGAAAAGUAUAUCUCGAAUCCGUCACGGAUCACGACGUACGGGGACUUCUCCUUCUUUCUUUUUUUUAAUAUAAUUUUGCUCAUUCGACGCGGCCGAUCGAUCUCCAACGAUCGAAGACGCUGAAUGUCAACCGCGAUUUCGAUCGAACCUCUCGAUCGAGGAAGAAACUGAUAAAUUCGAAGCAAGAGGAGGUGUAAUCCUUCCUGGAAGAAACGGAGAAAAUUGGACGAACGACGAUAAUGUCAGAGCGUAAUUGCCGCCUGUCAGCAAUGUUACGACACUCGGGAUGAUGUAUUCGGACUUUCACGCUGACGACGAUUAUUUCCGUCGUCCUUCCAACGAGUUUUCGGCAGGGUUGGUCGAUCGGAAAGAAAUCGGUCGGAAGCAAACACGGAACAAGUUGUUUACAAACGUGUCUCUGGUCCUCAGUUGGCGAGGUAGAGUCGCUGAGAUUCUAUUUUCUAAACGACUAGCAAGACUGUAUUCGGUAGAAAUGAAAUUUUAGCGGCCUGUCUUGUUGAGUCUGGUCUUUUUUUCUGUGUCCAAAGAAUGACCGAAUUGUUUAUACCUCGAUUAAAAUUUGACUAAAGUGAGCUUCUUUCAUACGAGUCCUUAUUUCAUUUGGAAAUAUAUUGCGGAUGCAGUUAUGACAAAAAUGAAUGGAUAACAUUGAAACGGAAGAAACAUCCAAAUUUCUAUGUAACUCCUGUUAUCUGAUGUUGGAGAAGAGUACUAAAAGAGUACUAAAAGAGUACUAAAGUACACUAAAUGUUUGCUAAACAUUUCAAAGAUUAUGAAUUUCAGUUCACUAAACAUGAAAUAAAUUAGAACACUGUGAACACUUUUGUUUACACGAAGAAUGCAGUUCGUAACAAAACAGAUUUAAAUAGCAUCCUGCAUUUAAUUAACUCUGUGUCUUAAAGUUGGCGAAGGCCAUCGAAAUGUUCUUGAAAAUAAAAGAAGUUACGUGGAAUUUGCCAAGCCAGUUGAGCUUACAAAGACAGAAGAUAGAAAACCGAGGAGCGAUGAAAAACAGCUGAAACAAUGAUAAAAAUUCAGUGUCUCCGAGAUGGCGGAAAUCGAGGUUGGCCUUCGGCGGCGGCGGCGGCGGCGAAUAGAGCAGUGGCGGCGAAAUAGAGCAGUGGCGGCGGAGAGGAGAAACCGGUAGGAGUCGAACGAACGCGGAGCUGUUGGGGGAAGGCAAUGCAAUACGCUUUACGCAUUUACGUAAUAGAAUUAUACACUUAAUUUUUAGACAGUCGACUAACGAAAAAACUACUACGCCUACCGCGAUCGCGAAACGACGAGAGAGAAAAACGGGGACGUUUCCUGUCCCUGAACGAGGGGGGAACGAAAUCAAAGGGGGCACAGUCUCUGUGCGGCCCCCUGCGAAAAGAGUGAAAUAGUGGAGUGAUGGCGAGAAUGAGGGGAGUGCGAGAGAAAAUUGCGGAUAGAAAAAAAACGAGAAAAAAUGCAAAUAGUCAUGUCGAGUCACUUUAGUGUUUUGUACAUAAGUAUACAUAUGAGGAAAAUGAAUAUAUAUAUUAUUAUAUAUACACACACCUAUGUAUACAUAUACAUAUAUGCACGGGAUAUGUGUGGGAGAGAGUGAGAGAGGAAACCGUAAAGAGUAUGUAACCGCGAGGUUGUGCGAAGAUUUCGUGAGCGUAAGGCGUUGCUAAACGAUAGAAAACUAUAGUCCCACUUUUUGUAUCAACGCUAAUUGUUUAUCCAAAUGGUUUUUUUUGCGGGACGACGUCGCGGCCCAUCGCUUAUUCCAGUCGGUUCCUAAGGUCGGCCGCGGCUGUCCCGUACCCCCUAAUCGUGACGUGUACAUGUGUGUCGGUCUGUUUGUGUGAGAUACUGUAUGUGUGCGUGUACUCGCGCGUGUAUAAACGGGCCAGGCGAGUGCUUGGAAGAUCGGCAUCAGCGACUGCUUCUAUAAAUUGUAUUUCGGCUAAUUGUCCGGGUUGGGUUCGACCAUAAUUCUGGACCAGUCUAAGAUAUGGGCUACUAUUCAAGCCUGGGCUAGUUAAGAUCUAAGCUAGACCGAGAUCUAAGCUAAACCGAGAUCUAAGCUAAACCGAGAUCUAAGCUAAACCGAGAUCUAAGCUAAACCGAGAUCUAAGCUAAAUCGAGAUCUAAGCUAGACCGAGAUCUAAGCUAAACCGAGAUCUAAGCUAGAGCAAGAUCUAAGAUAGACCAAAAUCUAAGCUAGACCAAGAUCUAAGCUAGAGCAAGAUCUAAGAUAGACCAAGAUCUAAGAUAGACCAAGAUCUAAGAUAGACCAAGAUCUAAGCUAUACCAAGAUCUAAGCUAAACCGAGAUCUAAAUUAAACCGAGAUCUAAGUUAGACCGAGAUCUAAGUUAGACCGAGAUCUAAGUUAGACCAAGAUCUAAGUUAGACCAAGAUCUAAGCUAGACCAAUAUCCAAGCUGGACAAAGAGUUAAGCUAGAUAAAAAUUUCAGCCAUAGAAAGAUCUAGGUUAGACCAAGGCCGGAACUAGUUUCACGGAGCCACUCGGGAACCUUGACCACCCCUUUAUAAAUCACAGCGUUGACCAAUUUCAUAAUCAGUCCUCAAAGUCGGCCAUCCACGCGGUCUGCCUUCGCCUAAAAAUCGCGACUGUAUAUAUAUAUAUGUAGGUAAGCUAUACGAGGCGUGCGAUGAAGAGUCGUCGCGUAGUCCAUGUAAGAUAUUGCGACAUUGUAACACGGCAGGAGCGUUAGAAACGUGUAUGGAGGAAGUGAGAAAGUAGACGGAGGAGCUCGAUCGCGAGCGAAUCCAGCCAUUUCGGUGCGACGUAUCUGUUCUUGAACCGGUUUUACGAAGCUCCUCAACACACGGGACCUCUCUCUCCAAAGGCAAUCUCGGAUCGCCGACGCGACGAUACAAAAGUUCAAUUGUAUUUGAUAAUAACUUGCGGAAGUUAUUAUCGUAUUAACUACUAUCAAAUAAUGUUGAUAAUAACCUUUCUA